UUAAGAUGCAUGACCCGAUAGAUCCAGGAAGCCAUAUAAGGUACCUUCUCUACUCUCUCCUCCGUGCGAAAACCCUAGAAGAGCCUCGUUAUUCCCAAGAGCGUCGUCGGCGGCUGGCAUCUCCACCCCAAUCUAGCUCUCAAGAUGAAGGUCGUUGCUGCCUAUUUGCUUGCUGUUCUUGGUGGAAACACUAGCCCAACUGCUGAUGAUCUGAAGGAUAUCCUAGGAUCAGUGGGGAUUGAAGCUGAUGAUGACAGAAUCGAGUUCCUCUUAUCUGAAGUCAAAGGUAAAGACAUAACUGAACUUGUUGCUUCUGGGAGGGAGAAGUUUGCAUCAGUGCCCUCUGGCGGUGGUGCCAUUGCAGUCGCAGCACCUGCUGGUGGUGGUGCUGCAGCUCCCGCAGCAGAUGAGCCAAAGAAAGAAGAGAAAGUGGAAGAGAAAGAAGAAUCAGAUGAGGAUAUGGGCUUUAGUUUGUUUGACUGAGUGGUAUGCCCGCCGUUCGGUGGUCUUUUUGGAACACUAAGUAGAGGUUGAUCUGCAAGAUAUUAAGAUUUUUAUUAUAGACUGAAUUUUCUUUCUGGAACAGCAAGGCGCUAUGCCUCUAUAUUGUGUAUUGUAGCAAGUUGCAUGUAGAUCUUGUUCAGCAUGCGCUGGCAUGGAUUCUGUUUGGGUGCAUUAGUUAAUGAAUCAAGUACGAACAUCUUCUUAAUC